GCGGGGCCCAUAACCUGUUGAACACAGAAAACACAGAUGGAAGCCGCAGGAGGCUAGGGGCACAGAUGGGAGGCGAAAAGCCCAGUCUGUCACAUUGAUCUAGGGCUAUGUACUGAUGGUCACAUAGCUAAGUAACACUCUUUUGUCUGAACCAAGCAAGACAUCCCUUCCACACUUCAACACUCCCACCCUUGGGAAGACAAAAGCAAUCAAACAGAACACUCCCACCAAAUCCAAGGCCACUCCCACCCAAUCUAAGUCCGUCUUGGAUACAGAAAUGGUCCACUAGGCCCACCACCAAUCUCCGCUUCAUUGGACAUCUGGAACUCAUCCCACAUCUCAAAGAAGCUCUCCCUGGUCAGACCUGCCUCCAGUGCAGCAGAGAAAGCUGCAGAAGCAGAGCUGCUCUUGCCAUUAGCCAGGAUCCAGUCCUUCACAAAGGUGGGCAUGGUGUGCAUGCACUUGUGAGCAAUGUGGCCAGUGCGUCCACAGCGAUGGCAGCCCCUGGUGGUAGGGUCACACCAACGAAAACCUUGAGAAUCCAGCGGAAAUCCGUCCUGGGCAACGCUACCAGUGAUGGGGGAGGUGUAUGAUGACGUGGCAGAUGCUGUGCCUCGACGUGGCGCCGAUGCAGCCAGGGCCAGGCUCGAAAUAUCGCCAUCUUCGAUUUUGAGAACCACUCCAGGGUCUGAGCUUGAGCUGGCAAGCUGGGUGAUGCAGUCUUCGAGUUUGGGCUCAGGAGAGCGUGCAAGGAGGAUGGUGCGGACUGUGUGGAAGGCUGGGUGAAGAUUCAUGAGCAGGACAUCUUUGUGGAUGGUGGAAUCGAUAGAAACACCCAUGGCAGCCAGUUUCUUCACUGCAUCUCCCACAGCUCGAAUGUAGACAUCGAUUUCCUUGGUGGGGUCAUGGGGGAUAGAGUGCAGCUCAGCCCUGGCAGCCAUCCUGGUGCUCAUGCUCGAUUUUUCGAAGUGGGCCUUGAGGGCAGCCCAGGCAGCAGUGGCAGACUCGAAAUCAUCGAUGAGAGGCUGGUACUGCUCCUCUAUCUUGGUGUAGAGGUAGGGGAGGAGCAUUCUGUCCAGAGCAACUUGGUCAGACUCAUCUGCUUUUGGCCCUUUCCCCAUAACCCAAAGUGCGUCCACUCCCAGCAAAAACACCUUGAAUCCCUUCCCAAACUUGGCCCAGUUGUCCUUCCCCAGCAUAGGAACAGUGGUGAGAACAAUGGUGAGGGCUGAGGUGAUAGUAGGGGCCAUGGUGGUGCAGGGAGAAGCGGUAGGAGCGUCGGGGAAAACCGGAACAAAGGGGAGAAGCAAAAAGAGCAAAAAAAGAGCGAAGAAUGCGCAGAGGGAGCAAGGAAAAGGGUAGAUGGAUAGGUCAGGGC